UGUGGAUACUAAUUACUCAGAACACAAUGACAAGUUGUAGUAGUUCAGUCUCAGUGCAAAGGUCUUCCAAGACAGAAGACCAACGGAGUAAAAGUUGCGACACAGCCUGUUCAUCAAAUUCAAGUUGUUUCUUCCAAAGAAGGAAGCCAAUGAAUCCCCUUAUGUAUCCUGUAAAACCUAAUUAUGCAAAAAGUUCAGGAAAUACAGUCCGCCAAAGAGUUUUAUCGGCAAAACUUCUAAAAUUAAGAUCUUUACAGAAUCAGUUAAACGAUGCCAACUUCCAUUUGUCAGAACUCAGCAAAGAAAACCAAACCCUAAAAAAUUUGCAAAAACGCCAAGACAAAGCUCUUUCCAAAUAUGAAGGCAUGAAUGAAGAUUUACCUCGUCUUCUUCAUGCGCACGAAGAACAGACUCGUGUUUUAUCCGAGAAAACCAAGUCCCUUCGGAAAAACGUCAGGGAACUGAACGACCUUCUGAAAACUAAAGAAGAAGAAUUAGCAAGGGCCCAAGAAAAACUGAGCCACUUGGAAAAACUAAACAAAGACAAACACUUGAUCGAUAGAGAAAAACUGAUGGACCAACUGGAGGAUAUGAAAAUCAAACUGCAGAAAUCGGACGAACAAGUUGCAUUUUUGAACAGGAAGCUAAUGCUGGAAAGUAAGGCGUCCAAACAGAGGCUGAAUGCUGAAAUGAUGAAGCAUAAGCAGUGUCAGAAGCAGUUAAAUCAAGCCUUGAUGGAAAUCGAUAGGUUGACAGGUGUUUUGGAGACCAAAGACAACGUGAUACAACCUCGGAAAAACAGAUUUACACGUCUGGCCCAACGUCAGUCAUUGUCAAUGGUAACACUACCCACUCACCCGAACGGAUUAGCAAGUUCGGAUAAAUUUUCUGCAAUAAACGACUUGGAAGUGAAUGGAAGCAAAUCUGCAGUUACUGACAUCAAACUGGAACCAUUAAAAUGUGUAAAAUUGGACGAUAUUCCCCAAAAAAAAUCAAACGGAAUUUUAAAUUUGCCUUCGGAAAACAUAAAAAAUAGGUUGUCGAAUUCUUCGGCACACAGCAGAGGAAGUGUGGAUUCGUUUUCCUUAAACGAUAUAAAAGAACAAAGUUCGGGAUCAGAAGCAUCUUUAGAUCUCAGAGAGAAUUUGACUGGAAGUAGCGAGGUAGAAAACAAACACCUUUUAGAACCUAAAAUUAAUUCUACCGGUAGCAGCGAUGUAGAGAUUAAAUCGCACUGUACACACAAAACAGUUAAAUCAGAAUCUACAGAGAGCAGUAAACUUGAAAGAAACCGCCCAAGCUCGAGUACAAAAUUAGAAAAACUCGCUUCACAUUUGGACAACGUAAUACAGAAGAGCAUAGAAAACGGGAAUGAGGAAUUAGGCGCCAAAUUGGGAGAAAUUUCUGCGGAUAUCCUCACUAACGUGCGUGUUUGUAACGAAAGGCUUGAAGCACAAAAAGAAAGUCUCAAGAAAUCCAACGAAGACACAGACACAAUAUUCGAAGCUUUCCAGAGGACAAGGAAACUAGAAUCGAGGCUGAAAAAUUCCCUUCUGAAUUUCCAAGAGGGCGAAAUGGGUUUUGUUAGUGAAAUCUUAUCAGAGGAAAUUAAAUUUCAGUUGCAUUCGAAAGAAGAUAAAGAGACAGACAAAAACGGCAAUAUAACUAAAAGGGAACCCCGGGUUAACUCUGAGGACAAGAAGAAACUUUUGGCUACACUGAAAGCUAUUGAUAACGGCGAUAGUUUCAACAGUUUAGACGGUAGUCCGACACACAAGCAAACGAAUCUAACGAAAGAAAUUUUCAGCGACAUGUUAAAAUGA